AUGUUCUAUUCUUAAUAACCUUACAUCUACUUUCCAUUCUAUUAGACCUAAAUGUGCUAUCCAAUCUAUUAUUGCCCAAUUUAACCUUCACCUCAGAUAUAAUCUGCCGAAUAGGAAAAACUUUCAUCAUAAACCGAUUAGUUAAAUUACAACCCUUAAAGCAAUCCAACUUUUGAAGUUAAUGAGGAAAAGAGCUUUGAUUCAUUUGUGGAAAAUGAAAAGCCUAGUUUCAUCACAAAUGAAAAAAAGGAAUAAUCAAAAUCUAAAAAAACCUUUAAAGUUCUUGAUACUACUAAUUUACAUAAAAACUUUUCAAAAGCCAUUGUUGCUUAUGCAAUUAGACAACAAUUUCUUAUUUUUAGAAUUUUAGGAGAACAAAAAGGAUAGGAAUUUCUUGAACUACUCUAAUCUCUAAAAAAUAAACUAAGCAAUUUGACUCAUUUUGUUAAACAUACAAGCAAUUUAGACUUCUAAAAAACAUUUCGCAUUCUAGGAAUGAAUUUCCUUAAAAAAGAAUCUAUCCAAUAUAUCUAUAAUUCUAAAAUCUAAGAAAAGUCUAGCCAUUUAAAGCAUAAAAAGAUCAUUAAGAAAACUCUUCUAAGAAUUUGAAUCUAAUUUUAUUUUUUAUUCUUUAUUCAAAACAAAAAAAA